AUGGGGCGUAAUAUCGGCUACGGCGGGACAGCUCCACGUGUUCCCGGGAGUGUUGUGAUUGACCUCGGGAGGAGAAUGAACCGCAUUCUAAACGUUGACGCCGAGAACGCCUCGUGUCUGCUGGAGCCAGGCGUCUCCUAUUUCGCCCUGUACGAAGAGAUCCAGCGCCGCAAGCUACCCCUAUGGAUUGACACGCCCGAUGUUGGUGGAGGGAGUGUGCUUGGAAACGCCAUUGACCGCGGUGUUGGAUACACACCCUACGGCGACCAUUUCGCAAAUCAUUGCGGUCUCGAGAUUGUCCUCCCGAGCGGCGAACUCCUGCGGACAGGCAUGGGUGCACUUCCUGGAAAGGACGGAGACGACAACCCGACGUGGCAGGCGUUCCAACCUGCCUACGGCCCCUAUCAGGACGGCAUAUUCAGCCAGAGCAACUUCGGCAUCGUCGUGCGCAUGGGCAUGUGGCUGAUGCCCGAGACCGGCCACCAGUCUUACCUGAUUACGUUUCCGCGCGACGAGGACUUUCCGGAUAUCGUCGAUAUUAUUCGCCCUCUUGCACAGCAGCGAGUGCUUGGCAAUAUCCCACAGCUGCGCCACGUCAUACAGGAGCUGGCUACGACGGCGCGCCCCAAAUCAGACUUUUACGACGGCGCCGGACCCAUUCCGAGGGAGGUGAUCCGCGAGCACGCGGCCGGGCUCCCCGUUGGCGACGUAUCUUGGGUAUUCUACGGGACGCAAUAUGGUGACGCAUCUGCUAUUGCUGCCCAGCUCGACGUGAUACGCCGUGCAUUUCUGUCCAAGAUCCCCGACGCUAGGAUGCUACUCCCCGAGGACCUUCCGCCGUCGCACUACCUUCACUCGCGCGUGAGCGUGUGCAGCGGCGUACCCGUGCUGCGAGAACUAGACUGGUUGAAUUGGGUCCCCAACGCCGCACACCUGUUCUUCAGCCCCAUCGUUCCAACGCGCGGGCGCGACGCCCGCAUCGUGCACGAUAUUGUGGUUCGCCUCCACGCCAAACACGGCUUUGAUCUACUCCCGACGCUAUGCGUGGCAGGUCGCGAGAUGCAUUACAUAGUCAACAUUGUGUAUGACCGUGCGUCGGUAGAUGAGAAGCGCCGCGCCGCUGCCCUGAUGCGCGAGAUCAUUGCCGAGACCGCGGCUGAGGGGUUUGGCGAGUACCGCACUCACAUUCUUUUCGCGGACAUGGUGGCUGCUACGUACAGCUGGGGCAACAACGCCCUGAUGCGGCUGAACGAGACCAUCAAGGACGCACUCGACCCCAACGGCAUCCUCGCCCCGGGCAGGAAUGGCAUCUGGCCCCGUCGGUUCCGGGGCAAGGGCUGGGAAAUUCUGGGGACCGAAGUGGAGGAUGCGUUGGACGGCAAGGGCAUUGGGCCAAGGGUUGAACCGAGGUAG